ACAACCAGAAGGGCCACUCCAUUGAGCAACCACGCAUAGCGAUAGUUUUAGACGCGCGACUAAAGCGACUGCCUAGUGUGUGUUUCAGCCUUUACUGUUUUGGACGAAUCUUUUGUAUAUAGUUAAAGAAAACACCCUAUGUUUCAGAAUUUCAAGUAAUCUAUAUUUUAUGUGAGAAAAGGUAUUUGAAAUGUCAAACCAACAUUAUGUUAAUCUGGCCAAUGAUGUUGUUGGAAUGAUUAAUGAACAAAAUGAGGCAUAUGUCCCAUCACGAGUCUCUUACACAUCUUCUUCUCAGGCCUCUGCUUCUCCUGUUUCCAGCAACGCCAGUCGCCAACCAAAUUUACCUCCUGCCAGUCAGGCUAAUAGCUCUUUAGAAAUUAUUGAAGGUCAUGAUGAAAUAUUUGAUCCACCGCCAAACUCGGAUUACGAAUGCCCCAUAUGCAUGAUGCUACUUCGCAAUCCAGUACAAACGAUUUGCGGUCAUCGGUUCUGUAACGGAUGCAUGAAUCAGCACAUACGAUUAAACGGCGCGAAAUGCCCUUCAGAUAAUCUACAGCUCAAUACAAACGAGAUAUACGUCGAUAACUUUGCCAAAAGAGAAAUCAAUCAGCUAAAUGUCAAAUGCCGUACACUAAAAAAUAACAAAGAAUGUCCAUGGAAUGGUCCCCUAAAAAAUCUUGAGGACCACCUGAAAACUUGUGAGUACGUUGAGAUUCCUUGUCCCAAAGGAUGCAAUCAAAGCAUUGAGAGGAGAGCUGUUGAUCAACAUUUGAGAAAAGAUUGCCCAAAAAGAACUGUUACUUGUCAGUAUUGUAAAACAGAGAUUCUACAAAAAAAUAUGAAGGUAUGCUUUCUAUGUGUGUUAUUUGGGCAAAUUUUAUUUAAGGAAAUACGUUUUUGUUGGUGGGGUUCUGUUUAUAGACUACCCUUAUUCUGUUUUACAGAAUAACUAAUUGUCAUUUUCUUGGGUAGUUAAGUGAGACAUUUUCGUAUGAUAAUCACGGCGAAAACUGUAUUAUACCUGUGUAGAUGCAUUUUAUGAAAAGUAUGAGAACUAGUUUUCUCAUUUUUACGAUGGGUUAAAAACCUUAGAUUUUAAACCCUGUUCAAUUCCUUGUUCACAAAUGUAACACUAAAACCAUAAAAGAGUUUUUUCG